AUGAUUACUGUAGGAUACGGAGAUUUUAUUCCUACUACUUAUUUAGAAAAAGUAAUAGCAAUAUUUACUAUGAUAUUAUCUUGCUGUAUAUUCGCAUAUUCUAUGAACACGAUAGGUUCUAUAAUUAAGAAUUUCAAUGAAAGUGAGUUAAUUAUUAAAAGAAACAUUCACAUUAUAAAUUCAUAUAUGUAUAAAAAAAACAUUAAUUAAAAAACUUAAGGUGCUAUUCGUCAAUAUUUAGAGUAUUAUUGGAAGGAAGAGAGUAAUAGAGACUCUAAAUCAGAAGAAAAAAUCAUAAAUUAGUUAUCUGAAAAUUUAAAAUAAAUUUUAUAAUUUGAGUCGAAUAAUAUUAUUUUCAAGAAAUCUUCAAUUUUCAGGAAUAACUUUAGUAGUGAUUUAAAACAAAAGAUAAUUCCAUUAAUUAAAGAACAUAGAGCUACACCAGAUGAAUUAAUAUGCACAGAAAAUAAUGAAGAUGACUGUUCUAUAUAUUUCUUAGAGAAAGGUUCAGUAGAAAUUGUAUUAUUAGCUUCUUCUUCAAAUAUUAAUCAAAAUAAAUCAAAUAUCGUUUUAUCAGUGGGUUAAAGUUUUGGAGAAAUAAGUUUUUUCACUGGAAAACCGAGGUGUAUGUCUAUAAAAUCUCUAGAAUUUACAACAUUAUUGUAUAUAAAAAGAGUAGAUUUUUUGUAGAUAGUAAAGUAUUUUCCAGAAGACUAUGAAAGAUUUUGCUUUAUCAAAGAUAAUAUCGAUCUUUACAGAUAAUAUUCUAAGUUAAAUAUAUAAUGUUUAUCAUGUAAACAAUUAGGACAUAUUGUAAAGGAUUGCCCUCAAAUACAUUUUGUUCAUAAUUAAAAUAAAAUUAGAUACUAAUUUUUACUUUGUCCCCUUCAAGAAAGAAAGAAAUAAAGCAGAAAACUUAGUUAAAAAUUUCAAACAAUCUUAAAUAAUUAGUUAAUAAAAGCGAAUGCCAUAACUUUACAAACAAACUAUGAAAUUGUAGAAGCUUACUCCUCACAAAGUUAGACUGAUUAUUAGACAAACGAAAUGCAUUCUCCCUAAAGUGCGACUGAUAGACAGAUAAAAUUUCAAUUAGAUUUUGAUAAUCUGAAUGAAAAUAUCACUUCAGUUGAGAGCCCUUUAAAAUAUUUACAAAGAAAGGCAGAAUUAAAUAACACAAAAACAAAAUCUUUUACUUAAUUUGAAGAUCAAAAAGAUAUAAAAAUAAUUGAAGAAAACAUGAAAUCUCCUUUUUAUCAAAAUUAAAAAAAUUAUCUCUUAUAAUAAACCAAAGAAAACAAAGAUUUGAUAAAUUCUUAACAAGAACAAUAUAAAGAAUUAGGUCACUCUGAUAUUUAGCUUGAGAUAUAAGAUGAUGAUAACAAGUUGAAGUAGGUUUAGAAUUUAAAUAAAGGGAUACUUUUAAAUAAAGAUUAUAACUUUAGCACAUCUAAAAGUUCUAAAAUUGAAAUAAAAGGUUCCAAAUUAAGCAACAAUAUUGAGAAAUCAUUCACAUUAGGAUCACUUUAAACAAAUGGAAAGGAAUCAAUUAGAAAAAUGAAAACUUAAUCUGACAUUUAAAAACUAAAUUUUAUUCUUAAUUAAAUUACUUAAUUAUUCUUAAAUGAAAAUAUCAGUAAUAAAUAUUAUGAAUUUAAUUAAUCUGCAUCAAUUAAAUCGAAUUAGAAGUAACAAGAAUAAAAAUAAUAUGAGAAGAAGUUCUCGAACUUAAAAUUAAACUAAACAUAAACUACUGAUAAAAUGUAAUAAGAUUUGUUAUAAAUAAUAAAUAAUCCUUUGAGCAAAAAUAUAUAGAAUGAAAUUUUAUUUUAAGAUGGCUUUGACGUAGCAAAAAAUUUUUUAUUUUACUUUCCCAAAAAUAAUAUCGAAAACUUGAUUAGGUAGAUAUUAAAAAAAUAGCUAAAAAAAACACAAAAUAUCAAAAAACCUUUAGAAACCUCUUUAUCUAAUUGCAAAAAAAGUUCAAUUAUUUUUAGAAAAAAGAAAGAUAGCACAGAUAACUCUGGUUAAAAUCCUUUAUUAUAAGAAGAUAAAGAGAGGAAAAAAAGUAAAUUUUGGGAAAAUCAAUUUAUUUAUUCUGAUGAUUUAAAAUCUGUUAAAUAUUUAGAAAAUUAAGAAUCAUUCUAGGCCAAUUCAUCUUUAAAUUAAACAUAAAAAUAAUUUAAUAAAAUAUAAAACAAAAGUAUAUUGCAUACCGAAUAAUAGAUUUCUUUAGAUGAAUCAUAACUAAAAUACUGCUCUUUUUCUUAGAAUUAAUAGGAAUUGAAUAAAUAAGAUAAUUUAGAUUAAUCAAUCUCAUAUUUAUUUAAAGAUUAAGAUUUUAUAAAAAAAAAAAAAUUAUGUGAGGAAUAUAAUAUUUAAAAUAAAUGUAGUGAAGUAAGUACUUUUAACAUAAAUCUUUUAGAUUAAAAUAAUGAAUGCCUCUAAAACAGUAUCAAUACUGAUAAUAAAAAGCUUAGAUCUCUACAAAUUGAUACAAAUAAAAUAAACAAUGUUUUAAUAAUAAAAAAUUUAGUCAAUUAGGAUUUUAAAUAAGCCUAUACAAGAUAUUUCACAGAUUCUAAGAUGUGUAAUUUAGAAAAUGAAAACGAAUUCUAAUAGUAAGGGUUAAUAACUCAUAUAUUUUAAAACAAUAAGUUUGAUUUGGCUAAAAAAUAAAAUAUUAAUGAUUUGUGA